AUGGACAGAGCGGCGCUCCUGGGACUGGCCCGCCUGUGCGCACUUUGGGCAGCCCUGCUCGCGCUGUUCCCUGGCGGAGCCCAAGGAAACUGGAUGUGGUUGGGCAUCGCCUCCUUUGGGGUUCCGGAGAAACUGGGCUGCGCCAACUUGCCGCUGAACAGCCGCCAGAAGGAGCUAUGCAAGAAGAAACCGUACCUGCUGCCCAGCAUCCGAGAGGGCGCCCGGCUGGGCAUCCAGGAGUGCAGGAGCCAGUUCAGACACGAGAGAUGGAACUGCCAGGUGGCCUCCGCCGCCGCCGCCCCGCCCGGCACCAGCCCCCUCUUUGGCUACGAGCUGAGCAGUGGCACCAAGGAAACAGCAUUUAUUCAUGCCGUGAUGGCCGCAGGCCUGGUGCAUUCUGUGACCAGGUCGUGCAGUGCAGGCAACAUGACGGAGUGUUCCUGUGACACCACCUUACAGAACGGCGGCUCAGCGAGCGAAGGCUGGCACUGGGGGGGCUGCUCCGAUGACGUGCAGUACGGCAUGUGGUUCAGCAGAAAGUUCCUCGAUUUCCCCAUCAGAAACACCACGGGGAAAGAAAGCAAAGUACUGUUAACGAUGAACCUGCAUAACAAUGAAGCUGGAAGGCAGGCUGUUGCCAAUCUGAUGUCAGUAGACUGCCGUUGUCAUGGAGUUUCUGGCUCCUGUGCUGUAAAAACAUGCUGGAAAACCAUGUCUUCUUUUGAAAAGAUUGGACAUUUGUUGAAGGACAAAUAUGAAAACAGUAUUCAAGUCUCAGACAAAAUAAAGAGGAAAAUGCGCAGAAGAGACAAAGACCAGAGGAAAGUACCGAUCCAUAAGGAUGACCUGCUCUACAUUAAUAAGUCUCCCAAUUACUGCGUAGAAGAUAAGAAAUUAGGGAUUCCAGGGACACAAGGCAGAGAAUGCAACCGUACGUCUGAGGGUGCCGACGGCUGCAACCUUCUCUGCUGCGGCCGAGGCUACAACACCCAUGUGGUCAGGCACGUGGAAAGGUGUGAGUGUAAGUUUAUUUGGUGCUGCUACGUUCGCUGCAGGAGGUGUGAAAGCAUGACUGAUGUCCACACUUGCAAGUAA